AUGGCAGUACAAUCGAAGCUGUCACUGCCGGGCGGCCUCGUGUCAGAAGGCACGCUGAAGAAGGCCGUGUCCGACCUCACAACGCUAUAUGUCAAGCACCGCACGCCCAUCUCGCGCGCCAUCUACAUUGGCCUCUUCGUCACCUUGCUGAACCGUAUACGCAACGCCAUCAACGAACAAAAAGCCGCCGAGCAACAACGACGAGCAGCCGGUCGGAAUGGAGAAAGAGAGGGAAGCACGACUGGCGGCAGGAAGAAGGUCGAGCUGAACAGAGACUUCUUCCGCAACCUGAUCCGCUUGCUGAGCAUCUGUAUACCCGGCUGGAAAAGUAAAGAGCUGCGUCUUCUCAUCAGUCACAGCAUCUUCCUUGUCCUGCGAACACUCAUCUCUCUUUAUGUCGCCGAUCUGGACGGAAAACUUGUCUCUGCUCUCGUUCGAGGCAAAGGCAAGGACUUUAUCGGCGGUCUGGUGUGGUGGAUGAUCGUCGCUAUCCCUGCCACAUUUACAAACUCGAUGCUCAGCUAUCAUCAAUGCAGACUCGCCCUCCAAUACCGCACCCGCCUCACCCAACACAUCCACAACAAAUACCUGUCCAACAUGACCUUCUACACUCUCUCUGCUUUGGAUGAUCGAAUCAAGAACGCCGAUCAGCUCGUCACUGUCGAUAUCAGCAAGUUCUCAAACUCGCUUGCCGAGUUGUACGGGAAUUUGGCAAAACCAGUCUUGGAUAUGGUCAUUUACAAUUACUCGCUCUCGCGAAGCGUAGGCGGUGAAGGUCUCUUUGCUAUGGGCUUGCUCGUCCAACUCUCUGCUUCUGUCAUGCGGGCUCUCACACCACCAUUUGGCAAGUAUGUUGCGGACGAAGCACGACUGGAGGGCGAGUUUCGCUUCCAGCAUUCGCGUGUGAUUGACUACAGCGAAGAGAUUGCUCUAUAUCAUGGUCAAGAAGCCGAGAAAGAUGCCCUUGACAAGAAUUACUUCACCCUCAUCAAGCACGUAAAUCGUAUCUUGAGAAGAAGAUUCUACCAUGGCAUCAUGGAGGACUUUGUGAUCAAGUACUUCUGGGGCGCUCUAGGACUUAUGCUCUGCUCGAUCCCCGUCUUCUUCAAGUUCCCUGUUGCGAAGAACGCAGGAACCGUAGCCAAGAAUUCGACAGAAGCUUUCGUCACAAAUAGGCGACUGUUGCUUAGUUCCUCUGAUGCCUUCGGAAGACUCAUGUUCUCAUACAAGGAGAUCUCCCAACUCGCUGGUUACACUUCUCGAGUCUCAACUUUACUUUCUGUCAUCGCGGAUAUCGAAGCUGGACACUUCGAAAAGCAGUUGGUCAGUUCUGCAUCCGUGGAUGCUAAUGCAGCUGUCCUUGCCGGCAGAGGAGCCAUCACCGAAGGAUCUGAUAUCAUGUUCAAGGAUGUGCCUAUCGUAUCCCCCAACGGCGACAUCUUGGUCUCUGCAUUGUCCUUCCACAUACGCCCUCAAGAUCAUCUACUCAUCAUCGGCCCCAAUGGAUGUGGCAAGUCUUCUCUUUUCCGCAUUUUGGGUGGACUCUGGCCUGUCUACGGUGGUGAAGUCAGAAAACCAUCUGCAGAAGAUAUUUUCUACAUUCCCCAACGACCUUACCUGAUGGCACACGGAAGCCUUCGAGCACAAAUCAUCUACCCAGACACCGUGGCAGAAAUGCACGAGAAGAACGUCACUGAUGCGAAUCUCCUCGCAAUCAUCACCUCUCUCGACCUCGAUAACCUGCUCUCCCUCCCCGCGAAAGACACCACAGGUAACGAAACAUCGACGCAAUCAGGCCUCGACACCACAGCCCCCUGGCCCGAUCUCCUCAGCACCGGAACCCAACAACGUCUCGCCGCCGCCCGCCUCUUCUAUCACUCCCCCUGCUACGCCAUCCUAGAUGAAUGCACUUCCUCACUCACCCCCAGCGUUGAAACUCUCAUCUACACACAAGCCAAAAAGCGAAACAUCACUUUGUUGACGGUCAGCCAUCGGAAAAGCUUGUGGCAGUAUCAUACUAGAAUAUUGCAGUUUGAUGGGAGAGGAGGAGCGUUCUUUGGGGUUUUGGAUGCGGACAAGAGGUUGAGGUUGGAGGAUGAGAGGGAGGAGUUGGAGGAGAAGUUAAGGGGAGUUGAAGGGGUGGAGAGGAGGAUUGCGGAGUUGGAGGCUGCGUAA